CUGCCUGCAGGCUCCGGAAGACAAUGCCUGAGCUGCCUGCCUGGAGCUGCUGCCACUGGGGUCCAUGGCGUACACCGUGACUCCCACGCCAGCUGGGCCCAUUGGCUCCCAGUACUGUGUCUGCAAAGUUGAGUUGUCUGUUUGCGGCCAAAACCUUCUGGACAGGGAUGUCACUUCCAAAUCGGACCCCUUCUGCGUCCUCUUCAUGGAAGUCAACGGGAAAUGGGUGGAGCUUGACAGGACAGAGACAGCUGUGAACAACCUCAACCCAGCUUUCGCCAAGAAGUUCAUCAUUGACUACCACUUUGAAGAAGUGCAGAAGCUCAAGUUCGCCCUGUUUGAUCAGGACAAGUCAAGCAUGCAGCUGUAUGAGCACGACUUCCUGGGCGAGUUCUCCUGCACGCUGGGCAUGAUCGUCUCCAGCAAGAAAAUAACAAGGAGUCUCCUUCUGGGGAAUGGCAAGCCGGCUGGCAAAGGGAUGAUAACGAUAGCUGCCCAAGAGCUCUCGGAUAACAGGGUGAUUACACUGAGCAUGGCCGGCAGAAAACUGGAUAAAAAGGACCUGUUUGGGAAGUCAGACCCCUUCUUGGAGUUUUAUAAACCAAGUGACGAUGGGAAAUGGAUGCUGGUUCACAGAACAGAGGUGAUCAAGUACACGCUGGACCCCGUCUGGAAGCCAUUGACCGUGCCUUUGGUGUCACUGUGUGAUGGAGAUGUGGAGAAGCUGAUAAAGGUGGUGUGUUACGACUACGACAGUGAUGGGGGGCAUGACUUCAUUGGGGAGUUCCAGACCUCGGUGGCCAGGAUGUGCGAAGCCCAGGAUGCCCUUCCGCUCGAGCUGGAGUGCAUUAACCCCAAAAAGCAAAAGAAGAAAAAGAAUUACAAGAACUCUGGGACCAUCAUUGUCAAGUCCUGCAAAAUAAGCAGAGAUUUCUCCUUCCUGGACUACAUCCUGGGAGGCUGCCAGCUGAUGUUUACCGUUGGGAUCGACUUCACGGCCUCCAAUGGGAACCCACAAGACCCCUCUUCCUUGCACUAUAUCAACCCCAUGGGCACAAACGAGUACCUGUCGGCUAUCUGGGCUGUCGGCCAGAUCAUCCAGGACUAUGACUCAGACAAGAUGUUUCCUGCUCUGGGAUUCGGCGCCCAGCUUCCGCCAGACUGGAAGGUAUCCCAUGAGUUCGCCAUUAACUUCAAUCCCACAAAUCCCUUCUGUUCAGGUGUGGAGGGGAUUGUCCAAGCGUACUCAGCCUGCCUGCCCCACAUCCGCUUCUACGGACCCACCAACUUCUCCCCCAUCGUCAACCACGUGGCCCGCUUUGCGGCACAGGCCACCCAACAAGAGGCUGCAUCUCAAUACUUCAUCCUCCUCAUCAUCACGGAUGGGGUGAUCAGUGACAUGGAUGAGACGAGACACGCCGUGGUGCAGGCAUCCAAGCUGCCCAUGUCCAUCAUCAUUGUGGGGGUGGGCAAUGCCGACUUCGCUGCCAUGGAGUUCCUGGAUGGGGACAGCCGGGUGCUGCGCUCCUACACCGGCGAGGAGGCCAUGCGUGACAUCGUCCAGUUUGUGCCCUUCCGGGAUUUCCGCAACGCACCCAAGGAGACCCUGGCCAAGGCCGUGCUGGCAGAGCUGCCCCAGCAAGUCGUGCAGUACUUCAAGCACCAAAACCUGCCCCCCAUCACCUCAGAGCCGGCGUAGAGCUGUGCCAGGCUGCGCCCCCUGCAUGCCGCCGGAGCCCCUCACUCCUGCCGGAACUGCAUCUUCCACAUGCCCUUCGGAGAAGCCCACCCUCCCCGAAACACUUUGUACUUCUUAAUUUAAUUGCUAAGUUCUUAAAACUCACCCCAGAGAAGCAUCUGGGUUUGUUUUGUACAGUCCCAGCCCCCAGUAACACUAAGCUGCCAGGCCAUGCCCUGGCCCGGCUCCACUGUUACUGCUCAGUAUCGAAUGUACUUUGUAGGAUUUCAGUGGAACGGGAUACAAUUUUUACAAUCAAAACUUGCUUUUUCCAAGCACUGAAAUGCUCAAUGUAUUAUUAUCAUCCGAUGAACUGGUCACU